CCCAUAGACACUUUUUUUUUGCUAGACAAGCGCGCCAUCAGCAUACACCACAAUGUCCAACACCGUUGCAGCUGCCGAGGAAGAAGGCGUGUACACGCCUUACGACCAAUUCUUCCUCUUCGGUGACUCCAUUACCGAGUAUUCCAAUGCUCAGGACAUGGGAUUCGGGUUUUCCCCAGCGUUGCAGAAUGCCUACGCCCGCCGCCUGGACGUGGUGAACCGUGGACUAGCCGGAUACAACACCCUCCAUGCCCUCAAAGCCUUCCCCAAGUGCUUCCCUUCACCAGAGCGCGCCAACGUCCGACUCAUGACCAUCUGGCUCGGCGCCAACGACGCCAGUCUCCCCGGCUUCGAGCAGCACGUCCCCAUUGAGACCUACAAGCAAAACCUCAGAAACAUCAUCCAGCACCCCCUCACAAAGGCCCAGAAUCCCCGCAUCAUGAUCAUUACUCCUCCUCCCAUCAACGAGUACCAAUUGGCCGGGUUCGACGCUAUGAAGGGGAACCCCCAUCCGACUCGGACUAACGCGCACACCAGGACGUACGGUCAGGCUGCGCGCGAAGUUGCUGCAGAGUUUGGUCUACCCGUUGCGGAUGUCUGGAGCGCGUUCAUGUCGUCUGUUGGGUGGAAGGAGGGUCAGCCGCUGGUUGGGUCGAGGGAUUUGCCUGAGAAUGCCAGAUUUGCUAGUCUGUUUACGGAUGGCUUGCAUUUGGCUGCGAAUGGAUAUCGCAUUGUGUUUGAGGAGGUUAUGAAGACUAUUCAGGAGAGCUGGCCCGAUCAGGUGCCGGAGAACCUUCCUUAUGUGUUCCCUCCUUGGGCGUUGGCGCCGAAAUAGGGGCUCGGCUUGAAACAUUGGAGAUGCUUGUGCUAGUGCUACUAGUGGGAGUACCGUCUCAUCGGCUGUGUGGUAUACUGCUUCGAAUGGUGGAUAAUAUAUAGAG